CAAGAGCUUAAGAGCCCUAUGACUGUUAGCUGCAUCAGCACUUGAAAAGGAGUCCAACAAGAUGAGGGCAGCAGUUCCUUUAAUGUUGGUGGUGCUGCAGUUCUGCUUACCAUCGCUGCUGUCAGUCCCCACCCCAGAGCUCAGUGCAGCAAACAAGGUACAUCUAAAUCCUGACCUGGAGGAUGUUGUCCCACCUCUUGAAGCCUGGACUCCAGUAGUAUUUCCUGACACUCCACCAGAAUUAGCCUCUAAGGAGGAACCCUCCCCAUUCAUGUUUGAAGAAAAUGUCAGCCUGAAAUGGGUUAGCUGGAAUGGGUCACUUCCAAAUGGGGCUGUAGGCAUCUACAAUGGUUAUACAGGCCGCACUGAUUACAUUUGCAAAUUCAACUGUGAGGCUGGAUUCUACACUGCAAGCAAAGGGCCAUACUGCAACUACCCUUAUGCAAAUGCUGAGUAUCCAGCUCCUGAGUUUGAGGUUUUAGUCAAUGAAGACCACUUUGAGUUCCUGGAGUGGAAAGAAGGCUCCUAUGGAUCUGUGCCCAAAUAUUCAGUGAAGACGUGCUCAAAACUUGAUAUCUAUGUUGGUAAGAACAAAUAUGGAUUAGGCAAGGUUGUUACUAAGCAUGAAGCCUUUUUCCUGCCUUGGGAGGGCAAGGAGUAUUGGUACAAGAAAUAUGACGUGUUGACCAUUAACAGGGACCAUUACAGCCAGCACAUCUCCCAUGUUGAGUAUGCUGUUGACCAGAUUGAGCUGUUCCAUCACCCUCCAGAGACCAUCCAAAUGGCCAGAGCUACAAAUUAUGAGUGCUCCAGUGUUGAAAAGACAGUCCUUUUGGAGAAGACCAGCACUGUGGAGAAGGUCUGGAAUAUUGGUAGAGAAACCCGUAAUGGAACCAACUCAAUCAUGACAGGGAAAAUCCCAAUCAUCAACCCAGACAACGUGGACUUCACCAAGGAACAGACCGUCAGUUUUUCUCAGGGGACAAAGAUGAUAGAAACCAUCAGCCAUUCCAUGUCUGUACAGGUCCUGGUUCCUCCAAAUCAUUACUGCUCAGUAAGGAUGGAUGCUAGAAGGAUGAGUGCCGACAUCCCAUUCACAGCCCGUCUGAGUCGUAAAUACAGCAAUGGAGACACUCACUGGACCACCGUCACUGGAACAUAUGAUGGUGUGAAGAUUGGAGAGAUUAAUGCCAUAGUUGAACGCUGCAAACCCAUUCCUGAUGCUGAACCCUGCCCUCUGGAAAGUGAAGACCACCCUUGAACAUUUGCCUGAAUAAAACAAAAUCUACUUGAAUAAUGGCUUGAUAAUAAUGUGAAUCGGCUUCCUUAAUAACAUGUAUCAACAGCAAUAAACUGCUUAUUGCAAUAAAA